UUAAAAAUAUCGAUAGUGAAGGUGGAGCGUGCGUGCGUGCGUGUAUACGCGAAACGACGUAGUGGGAGUUUUCAGAUUUGGAUUAUUUCACCGGCGGCGAAGGUGGUGCAAACCCUAGUUUUCGAAAGCAGAGAAUCAAUCGGCGGAAUCUGAAGGUCGGCGAAGAUGGUUCUGGCGGAGCUAGGCGGUAGCAUUUCGCGUGCUCUUCAGCAGAUGAGCAAUGCGACGAUCAUCGACGAGAAGGUUCUCAACGAUUGCCUCAACGACAUCACUCGCGCGCUUCUCCAAUCCGACGUGCAAUUCAAGCUCGUCCGCGACAUGCAGAGCAACAUCAAGAAGAUCGUCAACCUCGACGACCUCGCCGCCGGCCACAACAAGCGCAGGAUCAUCCAGCAAGCCGUCUUCAACGAGCUCUGCAAGAUCCUCGAUCCCGGAAAACCCUCUUUCACUCCCAAGAAGGCCAAGACCAGCGUCGUCAUGUUCGUCGGCUUGCAAGGAUCUGGCAAAACGACGACGUGUACGAAAUACGCGUAUUAUCAUCAGAAGAAAGGGUGGAAGCCUGCGCUGGUGUGUGCGGACACGUUCAGAGCUGGUGCUUUUGAUCAGUUGAAGCAAAACGCCACUAAAGCCAAGAUCCCUUUCUAUGGAAGCUAUAUGGAGUCAGAUCCUGUGAAAAUUGCUGUGGAAGGGGUUGAAAGAUUCAAGAAAGAAAACUGUGAUCUGAUAAUUGUUGACACUAGUGGGCGGCACAAGCAAGAAGCUGCUCUUUUUGAAGAAAUGCGCCAAGUUUCAGAAGCAACGAAACCAGAUCUGGUUAUAUUUGUUAUGGAUAGCAGCAUCGGUCAGGCUGCUUUUGAUCAGGCUCAAGCAUUUAAACAGAGUGUUGCAGUUGGAGCUGUCAUUGUCACUAAAAUGGAUGGCCACGCAAAGGGUGGUGGUGCUCUUAGUGCUGUGGCAGCAACAAAAAGUCCCGUUAUAUUCAUUGGAACUGGAGAACACAUGGAUGAAUUUGAAGUUUUUGAUGUUAAACCAUUUGUCAGUCGUCUAUUAGGCAUGGGAGACUGGUCUGGGUUCAUGGACAAAAUUCAUGAAGUUGUUCCUAUGGAUCAACAGCCUGAACUGCUUCAAAAGCUGUCAGAAGGAAACUUCACUUUGAGGAUUAUGUAUGAGCAGUUUCAGAACAUACUUAAAAUGGGUCCCAUCAGCCAGGUCUUUUCUAUGCUACCAGGAUUUAGUGCUGAAUUGAUGCCAAAAGGCCGUGAGAAGGAAAGCCAGGCAAAAAUUAAGCGUUACAUGACAAUGAUGGACUCAAUGACAAAUGAAGAGUUGGAUAGUUCAAACCCAAAGCUCAUGAAUGAGUCACGAAUGAUGCGAAUAGCUCGAGGUUCUGGUCGUCCAGUUAGGGAAGUAAUGGAAAUGUUGGAAGAGUACAAACGUCUUGCAAAGAUAUGGAGCAAAAUGAAAGGGCUUAAAAUACCUAAAAAGGGUGAGAUGAGCGCCUUAUCCCGAAAUAUGAAUGCGCAACACAUGAGCAAAGUCCUUCCUCCGCAGAUGCUAAAGCAAAUCGGAGGCAUGGGUGGGUUACAAAGCUUGAUGAAGCAGAUGGGAUCUGCUAAAGAUAUGAUGGGAAUGUUUGGUGGUGGUGAUAAGUAAAAUCACUGUGGCAUUUGAACUGAGGAUUGUUUCUGAUCACUACGACACACUCUUUUACUUGACAAGAGCAUGACUCAUCAUUGUGCAAUUAUGCAGUUUGCAUUGAAUUCGGAUGUAUUGUUUUGUCAAUCAAUCUGCAGCAAUCUCAAUGGGUGAAAUGGUUCGUUUCAAUUUUACCUUGAGAGUCUUUUUUCUGUAAAACUAAUCCCCCCUUGUUUUCCCUUUUCUGUAUAUUUAUUAGUCUUUAGGUGAAGUCAAAGCAAUUUUUAUUGCGAAUUGGAAAUUUUAAGCAAUUUUAUUGCGAAUUUGAAAUUUUCUUGUAGGUGUAACAUUAUUAAUAAAUUAUAUAUUGCUCCUCUCAAUAUAUUGAAAAAGGUGGAGUUAAUUCUUACA